AUGGAACAUGAGAUUCCUAAGUUCUUUCCACUUGAUAAAGAUCUUGAAACGCUUCGAUUUUAUGAUAGAAAAACCUUAACUCCAUCUGAUACGGAGCCUUUGAGCCUGAUAAACUCACGCGUUGAAGCGUUUGCAUCAAACCCUAAUCAAAUUCUCAAAAAAACUUUAAAAGAAGCAGAAGCAAAAGAACCAAUCGAUAAGAAAUGGCAAAAAUUCAUAUCUAUUUCAAGGGAUGCCUAUAAAACGCACGCAACAGAUUUUCAUAUCAGCGAUUUCACAGUAAACUUUAGCGAUAGAAUUAAUGACAGAUUAUCAGAAUUCGAUUUUAUAAGCGAUGAUUCUUUUGCACUACAAUAUAUUUUAACUAACGAAGAUAAAUUAAAAAAUCAAAUUAAAUCUUACCUAAGAAAGAUUGAAUGGAACUCAAAAAAUAACGAAUAUCAAGAAAUGUUUGAUAAUACAGUAGAGUGCUGCAUGCUUCUCAAUAAUUUCGAAUCUCCAAAUUUUUAUCCAUGUCAAUUCAUUACUGUUGUUGACGUUGUUGAAAAAUUUUCAGAGUAUGUUAGUUCUAUGUUUGCAAUUUUACCAAGUGACCCACUUAAUUUUGAAGAAUCACCAGUCGUGACUCGGGAAUUUACCGCAAUAGAAUGGACCAUGAAAAUAUCCAAAAUAGAGUACUUACUGCCAAAACUAAUGAUAGAAAUUGCUUUUCUUAGCUCAAUCCACAACAAUCCUUACAAAUCUCUAUCGGAUCAAAUAAUGGUGAUCUCUCAUGCGAUCAGUGGUUUAGGUGUUUCAAUAGCAACAAUUUUUGUUAUAGCUUAUUUAGUUCACAAGGUUUUUACAAUAAAUCCUAAAAAUGAUAUAAAUUUUAUGCAACCAUUACUAGAAAUGUAUGCUUUAAAUAUGAGAUAUAUGAAUAACGGUGGGUUCCGAAGAUGUUUCAGACCACAAUUAAAAUUUACAUUCGAAAUGUUCAUGAAAACUCAAGAACCAUCACUCAUAUUCUUCUUACAAACAUUAAUAUCAUUUGCUGAUGCAGAAAUAGUCAUAAAGGCUAUAGAUGGUUUUUAUUCCCAAGGAAAACCUUCAGCUUUUAUUUUAAAAUCAUUUCUCAAGUCAAUUCCUUCAAGAUUUAUCGCAGUUACGUAUCCUGUUAUACUCAAAAUGAUCUAUGAUUGUGAUAAUACUAUACCAAAGCCAAUUUUGAUGCAUGAAUUGUGUAUUAUUAUUUCUGAAUGCGAUAUCGUUUCUGAUGUUGUUAAAACGACUAAUGAUAUAUUCAUAAGAAUGAGGGAAUAUAAUGUUUCCGACUUCAUUUAUGUUGCAGGUCCUUUAACAAAGUACGUAUGCAGAUUUUUACCGGCAAGGAAGGUAGAUCUGUUCUUGGAUCAUGUUCUAGAUGUUGUUUCUACUAAUUUCGAUGUCCAAAAGAAGGAGUUUGGCAAUCAUUUGUCAAGUGAAGAUAUGAAAAAUUUAGCAUCAUGCCUGAAACAUGCUGUAAAGUACACAAAAGACUUUGGAUCUGUAUUAGAAACAACGCACUCUGUCUCUGAUUUGAUGGAUUACUUGGAUGGAAGAAAUUUAGAAAAUGUUGCUUUAUUUAUCUUGGACGACAUUCAGCGUAAGCCAUUUAAAAUGUCGGAUCCGUUCACCGUUCGAAUACUUCUUGAGCAGAGCGUUAUUGCUUUCCAUUCUUUGUCAGUUUUAAGUGCAGAUGAUGUAGUUGAAAAAGUCAUUUCGAAAAUAGAAUGGUUUUUAUACAGAGUUGAUUUUGACAAGAAUGUCGAAGCUCACCUCAAUUUUUUACUUGCAGCAAGAGAAUCUUUUCAAACUAAUUCAAGAUUAAUGAGUUGCCUUGCAAGGAUUGCGUUAAGAGAUUGUACGAUAGCUGUAAAUAUGAAUAUACAGCAUUUGCAGAUCGCUUUGUUUAGUUUGUACGCUUAUACUUUAUGUACAAUUCCAUCUAUUGAUCCUCCGAUUGAAAGAUGUGCGCUUUUCUUGCUUGGAGCUAAUAUAUCACUAAUUACGAAAACUCUGACGUUCGCUGAAACUUUUUUCAAGUAUUUUAUUCAAAUGGCAACAGAUUUGCCUCCAACUCCAGAACUUUAUACAUUACUGAAGAAUUCUCUAUCAUUUAUUCUCAUACAGCCUGCAAGCCAAGAAGGAGAUUGUUUAGAAGUGUUUAGAACUUUAAUUAAAGUUUGUGUAAGGAAGAAAUGGGCUGAAGAACAAAGAAUUAGCUUUGCUCUUGACUCAAUUAUACUUGGUGCACACAUGCAAAGAACAAAUUAUGUUUUAGGUGUCGAAUCAUUAGAUUCAAACGAUGUUUUGUACAGAGGAGAUGCAGAAUUCAAAGAAAAAGUACAAAGAGUCAUCAAUCAAAUGGUUGAAAGGACAAACCAAGCGAUUACACUGAGUAUUGGAAAGAGAGCUGGAUAUUCGCUUUCUCCAACACUUGCUGUUCUUUGUUUGAACGCAAUGUGUGCGUUGUGUGAUAACUACGAAUAUGAUGAGUCUCUUAAGAAUGAAUUUAGAUUUUUGAUGUCGACAAUGCCGAGAUAUGAAAUUGGACAGACACCUCUUUCGGAGGUGACUUCAACAAGAAACAUGGUCGCUUCUCACAUGCGCAAGGUGUACGCUGAUAAUAAGGAUGCACUUGCCUUGAUGAAUGAUCUUAUGUUAUAA